AUGUUUUAUUUUUUUUAUAAUUGUUUUUUUAAAUACUUGGUUAUAGCAUAUUGUUUAUAUAAUAUUUCCGUGGUCAUUUGUUUAAGAAAUAAAAAUUCGUAUUCCUAUUUGGCAUUCAAUAAUAGAGAUAGUAGUAAAUAUCUGGGUAAUAUUUAUAAAAAAAAAAAAAAUAUUAUAGAUAAAAAAGUAAGUAGGAAUUUGUUUGUAGAGGGGAGUAGGCAUUACUUAAAACAGAAUGGAAUAGUAGAAUGUUGUAAAGAUAGUUAUUAUGAAAAUUCUAAAAAAAAAAAAAUUAUUACAAUUUUGAAAGAUGGAAUUGAUAAGUUAUUUUUUGCAAAUAGAUAUUUAUUUGGAAAUAUAGGGAUUGAAGAAAAUGUAGACCCCAAUAAUAAAGAUAGUUAUGAUGAAGAGGUUCCGAAAAAAAAGAAGAAUAUACCUCAUUAUGAUAUUAAGAAAUUAGAAAAUAAUUUGAAUAUUGAACCAGAUAAAACAUUAUUACAAGAGUAUACAAGAUAUAUACACCAAAUUAUUGAAAAAAAUUCAAUUUCAUUAGAUAAUGAUUCAUUUUGUAAAGAUCCUAUUCAUACUUUGAUACUGAGAUGGAUUAAAUCGAUGCUCAUAAAUGGGGAAGAGAAUCAUAAUUCUGAUGAGGAGGAGGUCGUAGAAAAUUGUAGUAGUGAUGACACAAAUAUUGACACAGAAACGAUAGCACGACAAUUAACUUUAUUUAAAACAGUUUUGACCAAUUCAGUAAGGGCAUACGGAUUUAAUGAGGAAUUGAUAUAUAUAGAUAACAAAACACAUGAUGUAAAAAUAAAACGAAGUAUUUUUAAUGAUAUGGGUGAAAAGAAAAGUGAUUGGAAAAUAAUAUUUUUAGGUACGGGUUCUAUGUACCCAUCUGUAAGUAGAGGUACUUCAUCAUUUAUUUUUCAAACAACAAAAAAAAAAUAUAAUGAAGCUUAUUUAUUUGAUUGUGGUGAAAGUACAUUUAUAUCAUUACAAGAAGCAAAUAUUAAGGUUAGUAAGAUAAAAAAUAUAUUUAUAACGCAUUUACAUGGAGAUCAUUGCUUAGGGCUUAUCUCUGUAUUGACAAUGCUUAAGGGUUUAAACACUAUUAAUAUAUAUGGUCCUGAAGGUUUGUAUCGAUUUUUAAAACAUAAUUUUAAUUCUACAUAUUCAAAACGUAUGGCUAAAUAUUUUGUAUAUGAAUUAAAAAUAAAAGGAAAUGAAAACAAUUCAAAUUAUGAUUCAAGUAUGGGAGGUAAUAAAAAAUUUCCAGCUGAUUUAAAAUAUAUUUAUAAAGAUGCAAAUAAUAUGUAUCCGAUAUUACAAACAGAUUCUAUAGAAAUAAAUGGAUUUCAAAUAAAACAUACAGUACCAACAAUAGGUUAUAUAAUUAAAGAAAAGAAGUCUGAAAAUAAAUUUAAUGCUGAACAUAUUAAUGAAAUAAUUAAAAAUAAUUAUGAUGAAUUAAAAAAAUGUAAAAAUUUAGAUUAUGUACCAUAUAAAAUAUAUGAAAAUGUUAUAAGAAAAAUGAAAACUGAUGAUGUACUUAUAUUUCCUGAUAAUACAAAAUUAACAUAUACAGAUGCAUAUAAAGAAAUACGUAAAGAAAGGAAAAUUGUUGUAUGUCAAGAUACAUGUGAUGCAUCUAGCUUAGUAAAAGAAGCACAAGAUGCAGACAUAUUAAUACAUGAAGCAACAAACAGUUUGAUAGAUUUAUCUGAUGAGAAUAUGUUAUAUAAUACAGAUAUAUAUGAUGACGAUAAUUAUAUAAAUCCACUAUCACUCAAAAGUAUGUCUACAAAUAAUAGUGAUAAUAAUUUAGAAGAAUCUGAAAAAAAACAAAAUGAUGUAAAUAAUAAGGUUGGGAAGAAAAAUGGAAAAAUAGAUAAUAUGGAUACUAUAAAUUAUUACAAUAAAUUAAUUUCAGAACGUGGACAUUCUACUUCUCAUAUGGCAGGAAAUUUUGCAAAAAAAAUUCGAGCAAAGAAAUUAAUAUUAACACAUUUUUCACAAAGAUAUACAGGAGAUAAUAAAUUGAAAAAUAUGAUAAUUAUGAAAAAGAUUGAAGAUGAAGCUUUAGAAGCUUUUUAUUCGGAUCGAAAUAAAUCAGAUACUAGUUCAGAAAAAAAAAAUAUAAUUCCAUCUGAUAAUGUCAAAAAAGUAAAUUUAAUACACGUCUCUAACUUUAACAAUGAACAGGAAGAGAACAACACUGAAGAAGUGAAUAAACAAAAUAAUAAUUCACACAAUUUUAGUAAAGCAAAAAAUGAUAUUCAAGAAAACGAGGUAGUUGCAGCCUUCGAUGGCCUUGUUGUGUAUGUUCCCCCGCAGACGACGUAG